AUGGAACCCUUCGUGCGCGAGUCCGACUCGCACUUGGCCCCGGAGGGCGCGUACCCGGGCGCCUGCGCACUGCUGGACUCCUCGCUGGUGCCGCGCUGCUCCUGCUCGGUGCUGGCGACGCGCUGGGCACUCACGGCGGCGCACUGCGCGAAGCCCGAUAUCGCCUACGUGCAGUUUAAUGGACUUUUUCGCUCCGACUCCAAUCUCGCGACUGUAAAGCUCAUCUACCGACAUCCCGCGUUCGAGGCCGUGGUGAGGGACCUGGGCGAGGGCCCGGACGUGGUGACGCUGCAGCACGACGUGGGUCUGGUGCGCACGCGCAGCGACAUGGUGCUCUCCUCCUACUCGUACUUCCCCAUGCCCCGCGCCCCGCGCACCAACGGGGACAUCGUGGGCGGCAUGAUGCUGUACAAUAUCGAGGAUCUGCUAAAUAAGGAAAUUGAUAUUCUGGGCUACGGUAUGACGGAGGCGGAACCGGCGGGCGAGCGACUGCGGGAGGUGCGGCUGAGGUUGGACACGUGCGGGCGCGAGGGCUGGCGGCACUGCGCCUGCGCGGUCGGCGCGGUCAGCGGCGUGUGCUCCGGCGACUCGGGCGGGCCCGUGCUCUACAACGGCACGCAGAUCGGCGUGAUGUCGAUGGGCCCGGUGGAGUGCGGCGCGCCGUCGCCGCUCGGCGGGAAGGCCUCGGAUGCGGCCGUCUCCGUGUUCACGAUGCUCCGGCCGUACGCCGAGCUCAUCAACUCCACCAUCUACGACGUGGACACAGCUAUUCGCAUGCGCGAAGUGGCGCGGUCGGCGGCCAGGAGACGCACCGGCGUGGAAGUGGUGUGUGCGGCGUCGCUGCUACUCUGCAGAAGCUUAUAACCGCCAGCCCCG